GCAUGCUUUUUCUAUAUUGGGAUAUUUCUUAAGUGUAAACAAACGUCGAUGUUUAUUUCAAUGAGAGCUCCUAUUAUGUGUUUGGUUCAUACGCAGUUUUAAGAUAAAACGAAAGUGCAUAAUUUAUAAAUAAAGGAUGCUAUGAAUUUCUUUAAAGUAGGAGCAGAAAUAUAAGUAAAAUGGUCGACAGCGAUCUUCUUCACAAAGAACUUAGACAAGCCCUCAUUUCUGGUAACAUUGAUGACGUAAUAAACACGAUAAGCGAAAAUGAAGACGUCGAAAUCGAUUAUCAAGACGUCACCCACGAUCUUCAGACGCUGUUAAUGCACCUGUGCUACGUCGACAUUGAUACGUCAUCACUCUUAGCGUUCUUGGAAGCCAUUUUUAAUAAAGGCCCGGAUGUUAAUAUCCAAGAUCGUCUAGGACGGACAGUGUUAAUGCACGCAUGUAUUGCAAAUUUACCAAUGUUUAUCGAAGGCUUGUUGGAAUACGGGGAUACUGACGUCACAAUCUUAGAUAGUGACGGAAACUCAGCGUUAACGUAUGCGGUUCAGAAUUGUGACGUUUACGUGGUGGAGGAUAUUUUACAUCACGAGGGUGGAAUAACUCUGUUGUCACAUCAGAAUAGACAAGGGCAUACACCGAUCACUUUGGCGAGAAAGUGCAAUCGAAAAGACAUUUUGAAGGUCCUUGAAACAUAUGACGAUCAAGUUCCGAAAAAUGACGGAACUAGCCGAAGCCGGCGGAAACCCAGAAAUCGACAAGUCGCCACAGCUCGUGAACUUCCGCCAGCCUAUUCACCGUCGCCUGAGCGCAGGAAAGGGUAUAGUUCCGCUCGGGAUAUAGUGCAAACAAGAACAAACUAUUCAAAUAGUUCUUAUGAAAAAGAAGGCAAUGGUUUUAAUAAUGAAUACGAAAGUGCAAUACCAGAUAAAUGUGAUUCAGCGCCAGUCACUCGAUCUGAACGAGCUCUUAAGGCAAACGCAGUUACUUCCCUUUCACUGUCUUCUCCGAGAUUAAACAGACGACACCACAAACAAGACUGUUUACUGACAGAGACAUUACUAAAUAAUCAAAAUAAGAAAUUUCCAGGUUUGCAGGAUACUAAAUGUAACAGCCACGAUACACUUGAACCUCCGGAAUAUAGUUUAAAUAAUCGAAAACGCAGACCAUCUUUGUCACUUCCAGACUUGCGCAAUGUGACCGGAAAUUUAGUAAAUUCGGGUAAUUCUACUCCAGAAACGGGCGAAAGCAGUUCUCCGACAAAUGACGAUCAAUACGAAGACUAUGAUACGAACGAUGACGUUUUCUCCCAAAGUUAUCCGAAUGCGCAUCAAAAAGAAGUUCGACAGAAAGUAGUCCCACCUUAUUUACGUCAACAAAGUGACAACCAGCUUUCUUUACCGAAUAUAAACAAGGGGCUCGUGUCUUUGACAGGGUCAAAAUCUAAAAGUAAAGGGUUAACUCCCCUGGGAAGACAAAGAAAAUUUUCCAACAGCGAUGACCAUUUACAGAGAAAUUCAGGAAACAGGGAUUAGACCAAUGUUUGUUAUAUUUAAUUGAGUUAAAGACAAAAUAUAGAUAAUGAAAAGAUCAUUAAUUUUAAACCGAUAUGAGGAUUAAUUCAUUAAGUAAUAUUGCAUGAAAGCAGCUGAAGUUAACAUGUCACGUUUAUGGAUUGUAAAAACCAAAUCAGUGUGGAGUUUCCAAUUGUAUUUCCCUUUUUCGGAUAUAUGGAUCCAUCACAUAAUUCGGAUCAUCGAAACGAAGAUAACAGCAAUAAUGUGUGUGUCACUGUGUCAUAAACUGCGUGUCACUGUGUUAUAAGCUAUUGUGUCACUGUUGCAUAAGCUGUGUGUCACUGUUGAACAAGUGUGUGUCACUGUGGCAUACACUGCGUGUCCAUGUGUCAUAAGUUCUGUGAUUCUUUGGCAUAAACUGCGUGUCACUCUGUCAUAAGCUAUUGUGUCACAGUUGAACAAGUGUGUGUCACUCUGGCAUAAACUGCGCGUGUCACUGUGUCAUAAGUUAUUUGUCACUGUGGAAUACGUUUAAUAGCCUUGUGUCAUAAGCUGUGUGCCACGGCUGCCUAAGUGAAGUAAAGCUGCGCAAAAUCAAAACUUCAUAUAUGAUUUUAAUUUGAACCCGCGUCUUAAUAUAAUGUUGUGUUUCAUUAUCAUUAUUGAAAGUUUGAUUGUUUUUACAGGAAGGUUUCACAGCAUUAAGCUACUAAUAGUUGAAUGCAGCCUAGAUAGAGUAUCCGAACGUCAGUUCUGAACUUUGAUAGACGGUCAGGAAACACGUAGUGUUCAUCUAACGUUGAAAUUUAUAUUUAUUUUUAUUUAUUAUAUUAUAUUAUUAUUUAUUUAUUUAUUUAUUUAUUUUAUUUAUUUAUUUAUUAUAUUUAUUUUAUUAUUUUAUAUUUAUAUCUGCAACGUUUCAUCGAGCUUCAGGUCAUAUUGAUCCGUCCUAUAACAUAUUUAUUUUAUUAUUUUAUAUUUAUAUCUGCAACGUUUCAUCGAGCUUCAGGUCAUAUUGAUCCGUCCUAUAACGCAAUAUAAACAUAUUAACUGCCUUUUAUUACUGUGUACGUAUGUAAAUGUACACUCUUCCUUCGAUAAUAAAAUAAAGAACUCUG